AUGCAAGUUCCAAUGUGGAAUGUAAGGUUGUAUGAGAAAGCAUUCAACGCAAGGGUGGUUUAUGAUGGAUACCCUACUCUGUUUACCAUCAAGCUACAUCAUGGGGGAGAGUUCACAAAGUUUCCAGAUGUGAACUACAUUGAUGGAACUGUGACAUAUGUUGACAUGGUCGAUAUAGAAGAGUUUUCCGUUCAUGAAAUGGAUGCCAUCAUGAAAGGGUUAGGAUACUCAGUUCCCCCAGUUAUCUAUUAUCAUUUUCGGUUGCCCAAAGGAGACAUGCAUUUUGGACUACGUGCCCUAGGAAACGAUGAUGAUGUUCGUAAUCUUACCCACUAUGUGAAGGAGCAUAAAGUCAUAAGGGUGUACACUGAACACAGUUUUACAAAAUUGCUUACUUACUUUAUGGCUCCUAAACCUGUUAAAAAGGUCACUAUUAAGCAAUUAGAUGAAAUUGAGGAACAUGAAACCACCACAACUGAUAACCAAGCUAGUGAUAGGAAAAUGAGUUGGACCAAGGACAAAUCUUUAUCACUAUCCCCUGUUUUACAUAAUGAAGGUGCUUUGUCAAUAUCCCCUGUUUUACAUAAUAAAGCCAUGGGUGAUGUUAGUGAAGCUAAUGUAGAUGGGGAUAAGGAUCAUGCACCUAAUGAUUUUGAUGAGGCAGCUAAUGAAUUUGAUCUUGGAUUGUACCAACAGAUUUUAGAAUCCAAUUCUGAAUUUGAUAAUGGAUUCAAUGAAGAGAAGGAAGGGGAUGAAGGGGAGGAGGUAGUUAAUGAAGUUAGUGUUAAUGUAGAUAUGAGGAAUUAUGAGAAGGAUGCUAGAGUUGAAGAUGAUGUAGAUAUGGGGGGUUAUCAGAUGGAUGCUGGAGUUGAAGAUGAAGUAGAUAUGUGGGUUAUCAGAUGGACACUGGAGUUGAAGAUGACGUUACUCAUAAUGUAG